UUACAGGCGUGCACCGCCAUGCCUGGCUGAGGAGGAUGCAUUUGAGUUCUUGGAGAUGGUACCAGUUCUAGCUGAUCCAUAAUGCUGCGGAAUAAGAGAAGAAGGAAAAGCAACUCCAUGGAGCAAGAUUGUUGUGUGACCUUAAAAUGUAGGUUAACAUGUAUGGUGGGAGCUGCUUAUUCACACUUUUCCAGCCUCUCCCCUGUUUCUGGACCCCUGUGGCAUUCUGUUUGAUCCAAUUCUGAGUACACUUUCCCCUGGCCUAUUCUACUGGGUACCAACUCACCAGUCUUCUGCAAGGUAGGCUCCUAAGGAUCCUAAGGGAGGCCCAUGCCUGGUGUGCAGACCAUCACCACUCACCCUGGGUGUCUGGUAAAGCAGCAAACUUGCUGCUGCACCAGAGAGCUGGUGGGGCUGGUCCAGAGGUUCUCCUCAACUCCCUCUCCUCCCAGCCUUCCCCGGCUCCCCUCCCACACUCUCACUUUCCUGUCCCCAGGAGAAGGGGAGACUGAGCGUCAGCAUUUCAUGAGAAAGGGCUGAUAGCUAGGCUCAAAGACAGGCUGGAGGCCAACCUUCCCUGGCUCAAGGGUUGAAGGCCUGAAGAAGCUUAGAGAACAUUCUUUGAUCUCCAUCUGGCUUUGUGUUCACCCCUGUAAGUGCAUACCGUUGGACUAGUCUAGUGCUUUUCGAGGUAAGAUUGGCCAGUUGCAUCAGAGUCACCAGGAUGCUCAUUAAAAUGCUGGUUUUCAGUACCUGUUCUGUGAGUUCAGUUCAGCAGAACUGAGGUGGCUUUCAGGAGUCUGUUUUUACACGUACCCCAGCUGAGUGUGAUGCACAGUAAAUUGUGACUCCCUGAGCCAGACGCAGUUGGAGACCUCCACAGCGCUGAGAUUCUCUAGUCCUCCGAUGAAUAGAAGAGACUCAAUGGAAAGCCCUUUGCCCAAGGUUAGGUAGCAUUUCGAAGGCGAGAGAACUUGGUCUUCUGCCUCCUAGGGCAGGAUCUUUGUACUGCACCUUAGAACCAGGAGGAUAGAAGGAGAGACCAAAGAGGGGUGGGGUGGAUGAAGAACUAUGAGGCAAGAGUUGUGGUUCCUGCCCCCAAACCCGUUCUCCAUUCACUUUGCCUUUUGGGCAAUUUCCGCCAGAACCUGGGUGGGGACAGUAGGGUUCCGGUGUUGAAAUGGACAGACAAAUACCCCACCCACUCUGCCUACCGGCCAAGGGCUUGUGCCCACACCAACUCUCAGCUCUGGAGAUGGCACUGUAACAAAGGGGCGGGCCAAGUGGCACAGGGAGAUCCUCUUUCAAAAGGAUAAUCUGUGGCUCUUGCUAACUUCAUGAUCAUUCCAACAGUGGAUCCCAUAUUGGAUAGCUGCAGUGGGCCCAGUGGGUGGGUGGUCUAAAGUCAUGCAAUCUGAUAUCACUCAGUCCUAUUCUCUAUCCUGCAAUGUUUCCUUCACCCUCAGCUUGCCUCCCUUUCUUACUUUUGUGGUGGUGGCGUGUUUGGCUGGUGUGUGUGUGUGUGUGUGUGUGUGUGUGUGUGUGUGUUUGACCUAAGACAUCAGAAGGCUCCUGCCAAGUUGGACUCUUUUGCAGCAGACAAGAACAGAUGCAGAAACGAGUGUCAGGGUGUAGAGAGGUAGCAUGAGAAGAGGGACCAGCAGAGCAGAUGAUCAACGUAUGAGGGAGAGCUUGCUAAGAACGCUAAAUUGACCAGGUGGAAAGGGACCUCCAAGUUGAAGUAGUCCAACUCCCUGGUUUUACAAAGGAGGAAACAGGCCCAGAGCAGUGAGACGGAUUGCCCAACAUUGCACUGCUGCUGUGUGGUAGAGCUGCCGCUAGAUGUGAGGCCAAAAGAAGAGAGAGGGGCUGGAGGGCAGUAUGGAUUCAAGGAUCUAAAGAAACAUAUUGCCCAGGAGAAAAGGGACUGAGACCCCGUCGUGCAGAUGGAAUGAGGAGGGCAGCCAGGCCUGGCUCUGAGCAGAGAGACCCAGGAGUGCGGUGGGAAGGCACUGCAGGGGAGCGAAGAAGUUAGGUCCCAGGCCUCAUCGUUCCAUUUACCAGCUUGAGUUUCUUUUUCUCUUUCCUUCUUUUUUUGGUAGCUUGGGUCUCAGUUUCUGAAUGGACUUUCCAAGAUCUUUGUGAAAAUCAAUCUCACUGGCACAGCUCUCGACAAGUGCUUAUUAACUAAGUCUUUGCUAUGGUUGCUAUUUACCUUGGAAGACAAGAGAUGCCCCUGGGUGGGUUGUGGUAUGGCCAAGAUGCCCCUGGGGGACACAGCGUAGGGAGGUUCAGUGUCUCUGGAGCCCAAUCCUCCUUUGCCUCUGCUGCCUGAAGCUGAUAAACCUCUUAUCUGUCUGGCCCAGGCAGGGGAGCCCAGGCUCAGGAUAGGAGGAGAGGGCAGGGCUGCUAUCGGCAGCCAGGCCUGGGCCAUAUCUUCCAGAAGGGGGUGGGCUGUCUGCCUAGCACUUCCCACAACAACACACUUUUUGGGGAUCCCCAAGCACUUAGUCUCAUCUUGAGGGAAGAAGGUUGAGACCCUAAAACUGAGGACACGGGAGGAAAGCAGGGGAAACUCUUGAUGUUUCCUCACAAAAUGAUAAAACAAACCAACCAAAAAACCCCGGAAGAUCUCACUCUGUCUGUGGCCAUGACUACAGUUUGGGGGAGUGACAAGUAGGGGAGGAAGAAGGCAUCUUACUGGAAAAAAAGGUUGCUGGGCCCUUUGGGCUUUGGGAAAACCUGGCCCAGACCCUGGCCCAGUAGGAUGCCCCUGUGUCCUCCUCAGCAGAGCAGGAACAGGGGGACUCAGCUGCCCACACUGGAGCUGGGUGAGAUGGAACUGACUUGGCAAGAGAUCAUGUCCAUCACUGAGCUGCAGGGUCUAAAUGCUCCCAGUGAGCCAUCAUUUGAAAUCCAAGCCUCAACCCCAUACCCUGGACCUCCGCCAUCUCUCUCCUACUGCUCAGUGCACCCAGACACGGGCUUCCCCCUUCCUCCACCAUCUUACGAACUCCCAGCUUCUGCGUCCCAUGUCCCAGAUCCCCCAUACUCCUACAGCAACAUGGCCAUACCGGUCCCCAAGCCACUGACCCUCUCGGGCCUGCUCAACGAGCCCCUCCCAGACCCCUUAGCCCUUUUGGACAUUGGGCUGCCAGCGGGGCCACCCAAGACCCAAGAGGACCCAGAAUCCGAUUCAGGACUAUCCCUCAACUACAGUGAUGCGGAAUCUCUUGAGCUGGAGGGGACAGAGGCCGGUCGGCGGCGAAGCGAAUAUGUAGAGAUGUACCCAGUGGAGUACGCUUAUUCACUCAUGCCCGGCUCCUUGGCGCACCCCAACUAUGCCUUGCCUUCCGCUGAGCCCCCCAUGGCCUUAGAGCCGUCCACGGGCCCUGUGCGAGCUAAGCCUGCUGCACGGGGGGAGGCGGGCAGUCGGGAUGAGCGGCGGGCACUGGCCAUGAAGAUCCCCUUCCCAACGGACAAGAUUGUCAACUUGCCGGUAGAUGACUUUAAUGAGCUGUUGGCACGGUAUCCGCUGACGGAGAGCCAGCUGGCGCUAGUUCGGGACAUCCGACGGCGAGGCAAGAACAAGGUGGCUGCCCAGAACUGCCGCAAGAGAAAGCUGGAGACCAUCGUACAGCUGGAGCGCGAGCUGGAACGGCUGGGCAACGAAAGGGAGCGGCUUCUCAGGGCCCGCGGGGAGGCCGACCGCACCCUGGAAGUCAUGCGCCAACAACUGGCAGAGCUGUACCGUGACAUCUUCCAGCACCUUCGGGAUGAGGCAGGCAACAGCUACUCCCCUGAAGAGUAUGCACUGCAACAGGCUGCGGACGGGGCCAUCUUCCUGGUACCCCGGGGGGUCAAGAUGGAGGCCACAGACUGAGCACCCAGAGUGGGGGAGACAUGCUGGGGAUGUAUUUCCCUUAUUCCCUUCAGAUAAAGGUACUCCCCGCCGUGAGACCUAAAAGGUGCUAAGUUCUCUAGACCAAGAGGACAAGGGGAAGCCGGCAUCUGGAAGUUCCAAGGCAUGUUCACUGAGGCUUGCCUGGAGGCCAGGGAAGGGACUUAGCUUCCCAACCCAACCUCUUCCUCUUGUCUAGGCUUUGGUCUAUAAAGAGCUCUUACAGAAAUAGCUUUUCAUUGUGUCUUUGUUUUGUUUUGUUUUUUGAGCUAGGGUCU